AUGUCGACCACCGAUAACGCCUAUGCUGCUUUCUCCUACCAACAGAUCUCACUUGCCGCCCUUGCAUCCUUGAGGAAUGCCGCGGGUGCUGGAGUGCUGGGGCAGGGCAUUGACUUGCUAGUCAACAAUCACUGUGUUCUCCAUGGCACCCCAGACGAAAACGUCAAAAGCAUCCAGAUGAACGGAUUCAAAGACUCAACCUGUGGGAUGCUCGGAUGCGGUGUGUAUGGAGCACACUCCUACGACAAAGCAAAGGCGUUUGCCGGCCAAGACGGCACGGUCUUUUGCAUCCGCUUCCGCGGUGACAAGGUGUGCUGCACCGACACGACAGACCUCUCCGGCUCCUGGCGAGAGAAUGGCCCGGCUAUGAUUGCAUCCAUUGCGAUCGGCCGGGACGCAGGACUGAGGUGUGCUUCCCUGAGCAAAAUAUCACAAGUUUUUCCGAGUACACAGGCUCGCUAA